AUGCUAGCUGGUGCAUCCCCAUUGUCGUCUACCAAAAAGCAGAGAAAGAAAUGUCGUUCACAAAGUUUUGCUGAAGCAAGUUAUCAUGCGUUGCCAGAUUUAGAGCAGCAAGCAGAGCUAGGUUUUUCUGAUACCGGUGUGAUAUCACGGGCAAAUUAUCUGGAAUCAUAUGGUAAUGGAUUGGUCAGCGAAGAUGAAGGCUUUGAGAAUGAUGAAGAUGGAUCGGAACUUCGUGAAACACGUCCUAGGGCGAUUUAUCAUUCUCGAGCGUCUUUGAAUUCGCCGUUUUUGAGGAGAAGGAGUUCUAAUCUAGAUGGGGCGUCAGGUCCCAACUUGUCGUUGACACCGUCUCUAAGUUCAGUGAUGUCUCAGGUUCGAAAGUUUAACAAUCUUGCUUCCUCGGUACUUUCGAGUGGUACUUUCGGGGGAGCAUCUUACACAUCCAGUAAUAAACGACGGGAUACAGCAAGUCUUAGCAGCUCUUCAAGCUCUUCAAAUUCUCGAAGGAGAGCAUGUGAUCUUCACAUAUUGGCUUCAACAGCUUCUGAGGGGGGGAUACAAAAAUUCAAUGAAGUGCAUAUUGAUAGUUGGUUUGGAGAGGAUGAUGGGUUUGAAGGUGAGGGUGAGUAUGAAGAAGAAGAAGAAGAAGAGGAAGAGGGAGAGGGAGAAGAAGGAGUGCAAUUUAAUGGUAAUGCUGGCUUUGACCAUCCGCUGACUAUGAUAGGCGAUGAAGGAGAAGAAUCGUUCGAUGUAUAUGGCAGUAGUUGGGAGGCCAUGGGGUUUAAUUUCUGCCUCCCACGUUUAAAAUGCAUAAACCCCCAGGACUUCGACUUACAAGACACAUGGACGGAGGAGGAUAUAAUUCAGUUCUAUCCUCCAGUGUAUCGGAGACCACAGCUUAAGUCUUCUCAAAAGGCUUCACCAAAUGGUAUCUCCACAAGGCGAGCUUCAGUUGAGUUAACUAUUGAUGAAAUGAAGAAUGUCGGUAUGAUGAUGGAACAUCUUCCGUCAAUUACACGACCAAGGUCAGCUUUAGAUACAGUAGAAUUAGAGCACUGGCCCAGUAAUGAAAAUGAUGGUACAAUGUCCAGUACACAGGUUACAAAGAUGAUUGAUACAGAGGAAAAUUGGUUAGACUUCCAUCUUCCAAAUAGAAGAACAAGGCAGUCUUCAUUAAAUCCGAAUUUUCUAAGGUUAUAUGCUCUUGAGCUCUCCUGCAAGGUGAAAAGUAUACUACCAGACUUAAAUGUCGAUGAGCAUGUAUUAAAAAAGCUUUCAUACGAUGAUAUUUGGAAUUUGAACAUACCAAAUACCCAUGAGAAUGUAUCUCCAUAUCAAAUUAAAUUAGCUUUGAUAACAAGACGAAAAUUAUGGACGGAUAUGUGUAAUAUUUUAAGACAAGAUUUGCAUGGUGUUAAUGCUCCGUGGAACUUGAAGUUUGUUUCAGGUCAUUCUACCAAUCAAGAUACAGAAAAGGGGCAGAAACUUGGCUCAACGACUUCUUUAGUUCGUGUUAAAUCCGACGUCAAACCUUGGUCAAAGGAUGGUAACCGUUUUAUGCUAAGGCCUUGUGGUAAGUUGUCAAUGGGUAAGAGCAGCAAUAGAGAUAUACAAUAUGUAGUAAAGGGAUGGUGUGACAGUAGAUUUUGCUAG